AUGGGUGGCGGUGACGGAUAUAGGACUGUGGCGUACUUUGUCAACUGGGCAAUCUACGGCCGUCAGCACAACCCUCAAGAUCUCCCGGCCGAGAAAUUGACCCAUGUACUCUACGCCUUUGCCAACGUGCGGCCGGACACGGGUGAAGUAUACAUGACGGACAGCUGGUCCGACAUUGAGAAGCACUACCCGAGCGACUCAUGGAACGACAUCGGCACCAACGUCUACGGCUGCAUCAAGCAACUCUACCUGCUCAAGAAGCGCAACCGCAACCUCAAGAUCCUCCUCUCCAUCGGCGGCUGGACCUACAGCUCCAACUUCGCCGCGCCCGCGUCCACGCCGGCCGGGCGCCAGCGCUUCGCCCAGUCGGCGGUGCAGCUGCUCAAGGACCUCGGGCUCGACGGGCUGGACGUCGACUGGGAGUACCCGCAGGACGACGCGCAGGCGCGCGACCUCAACCUGCUGCUGCAGGAGACGCGGCGCGAGCUCGACGCCUACGCCGGCCAGCUGCGCCGCUCGGGCGCCAACCCCAACGCCCGCUUCCUGCUGUCCAUCGCGGCGCCGGCCGGCCCGCAGAACUACGCCAAGCUGCACCUCGGGGCCAUGGCGCAGCACCUCGACUUCAUCAACCUGAUGGCGUACGACUUCGCCGGCUCGUGGGACUCGUGCGCCGGCCACCAGGCCAAUCUGUACGCGUGCAACCACAACCCGAACUGCACGCCGUUCAACGCCGAGCAGGCCAUCUCGUACUACUGCCAGAAUGGCGUCCCGCACGACAAGAUGGUGGUCGGGAUGCCGCUGUACGGCCGCGCGUUCCAGAAUACGGAUGGCCCCGGGAAGCCGUACAGUGGGGUGGGCGAGGGGAGCUGGGAGAAUGGCGUGUGGGACUUCAAGGACCUGCCCCGCCCCGGUGCCCACGAGCAUUACGAUCGGGAUGCGGCGGCGACGUACUGCUACGACCCGUCGACGCGGACCAUGGUGUCGUACGACACGGUGCAGAUGGCGGUGCAGAAGACCGAGUACAUCCGCGACAAGGGGCUGGGCGGCGCCAUGUGGUGGGAGUCGUCGGCGGACAAGAAGGGCGAGGAAAGCAUCAUCGGAAACGUGAGUGAUGCUCUACGACAGCAACCAAACCGACACCACCACCACAACAGCCACGAAAGUAGUAGUUCAGCGACUGACCAUGGAUUCUUUUCUCUCAAAAAGGUGGCGAAGAACAUGUGCGGAUACGAUGGCGGCAAGGCCGAGUUCGUCGAGAACAACCUGGCGUAUCCGGAUAGUAAGUUUGAGAACUUGAGGAAAGGGAUGCCGGUCCUCAGGAGAUCGCCUACAUUCAGGCUCAUCAAGAUCGGAUACGAGUCCGACACAAUGGGCGACGUCGGCGAGCUAUCCGAAAGCACCGCCAGGCAGCUGGAGCAACUGAGCACCACUCAGCUGCUGACGGAGCGUAUUCUUGCCAUCGGUCGCAGUCUCGUCGGUAGCAACCGCUGCCUGGACGUCGUCACGUACCGGCUGCCCAACCACGAGCAGCCCAACGACUACAUGGCCGAGCUCAUCGAGCACUCGGGCCCGCGCGAGGCAAUCACCAUCCUGCGCGCCCGCUACGACAGGCGCACCAGCGCGCUCUGGCUGCUGCUGGACCGUGCUGAGCGCGAGCUCAACGUCACCAUGAGCGAGGCUCGCCACGAGAACGGGGUCCAGGUCAUCAACACCUGCCGCCUGGGUCGCAAGGCUUACUAG